ACAGCCGGCAGCAUUUCUUCAGUGUGAGGGGGGUCGGGUGCUGGUGGCUGCCAUCAGCCCCAUGCCUCGUUAACAGAUGGAGCCCUCGUUAAAAUGCUUUAACUGGCUGGCCCUAAAGCGCUCAGGCCCUUGGCUGAUCUCCGAGGGUCCCUUCAGGGCUGUUCCACUGCAGAGAGGACCCUUGGGGCGUUCAGUCCCAGAGGGAGAAGCAGCCGCAGGCCUGCGUGGUGGCGAGGCUGAGUGCCACGGACUACAUGUCCCGGCAGCCCUGCGGCCGGUGGCGGUUCCGCUGCUGCCACCUGACCCUCACAUGAUCGCAGCGGGCGGCUGCAGGGCCGGGAUGGGGCACCGCGACCGCAUGUUCAAGGUGCUGGUGGUGGGGGACGCCACGGUGGGGAAGACGUCGCUGGUGCAGCGCUACGCCAACGACAGCUUCAACCGGCACUACAAGUCCACCGUGGGAGUGGAUUUUGCUCUGAAGGUGGUCCAGUGGUCAGAGUCAGAGACAGUGCGACUUCAGCUCUGGGACAUUGCAGGGCAGGAACGCUUCACGUCAAUGACGCGGCUGUACUACAGGGAGGCGUCCGCCUGCAUCAUCAUGUUCGAUGUCACCAACGUCAGCACCUUCAGCAACAGCCAGAAGUGGAAGCAGGAUCUGGACAGCAAGCUGACGCUGCCCGACGGGAACCCUGUGCCUUGCCUGCUGCUGGCUAACAAAUGUGACCUUUCCCCAUGGGCAGUGACGAGAGAAGAAGUGGAUCGCUUCAGCAAAGAAAACGGCUUUUCUGGCUGGGUGGAGACGUCUGUCAAGGAAAACAAGAACAUUAAUGAGUCCAUGAGAGUCCUGAUUGAAAAGAUGAUGUCCUCGUCCACCCGUGAUGGAAGUUCCUCUGCUCCUGGGAGUGGGGAUUACAUUAACAUAAAAGAGUCAUCCCCACCAGGCUGGGCUUGCUGUUAGGUGCACUGACUACACCAUCUGCUUGGGUCUAGCAGCAAUGUCCUUUUAUUCUUUCUUGUAUUUUUUAUUUUAUUUUUUUUUCUCACUUUUUUUUGUUGUUGUUUUUUUACGUGAUAGUGAACUGUCUUCUCUUUAGUGCAUGUUCAUGCUCGGUAAAGCAUUGCUGCAAUGACUGGGAGAGAGAAGUGGAAGAAGGCUGAGAACAGGAUUCCUCUUUCUUCUCGUGUAGCAGCAUCUGGAAGCUCUGCUGCUAGUCAUGUAGCACAGCCUGUGUUCAAGCACAUGGCUUGGAUUAAUAUUUUUUAAAUUUUAGCACUUAUCUUCAUCUUCUCACGUGUGACGACCUGUCCCGGGCAGAAUGAAGGAUGUGGAAAGUCUAUUUUUAAUAUCGCUGCACCUUUUAUUCCCCACAACCCGCACCCACUAUACACAGUGGCACCAC